AGCGCAGUGACGUACUAGGAACCAGCCUAAUGUCAUUUAGAGCAGGUUGUCCAGUCUAACGGCCAGCUUGAUUCGCAGUUAGCGAAGGGUGACUAUUCUUAGUGAAGGAUGAGAAAGUGACGGCUGACUUGAUCUCGGCGGAUGAAAAAGAGACGGCUGAGUUGAUCACGGCUCUUAUCCAGAUUUUGUAAAACUCUCGGUCGUUGCUUCAUAUGUAACUAAUAUGUCAUCGUGUCAAAUGUGAUGUAGGCCUACUGCCUGGUGGUUUUUAAUGAAGAAUUUAACAAAGAAAGUUAUCAAAAUUGUAGGCCUUUGUCUGACUUUAUUUUUUUACAUUCAGUAUGUACAACUGGUGGAAAUCAUACAAACCUUCUUCCAAUAUAAACUUUCAUGUUCCAUGGUGGAAAGUAGAAAUGAGGAUUUAACAAUACAUUAUCAUAACAGAUCUAAAGCAGUAACUUUUGAUUUGGCUAAUAUUCGAUUUAUAAACAUUGGUAAACCAUGUCCGACUGACAGGCAGAUCUUUCUGACCAUCUGCAUAGUCUCUUCACCGCAAAAUGGUCCUUCAAGAGAUGUCAUUCGCAAAACGUGGGCGUCAAAUUCAAUGAAUAAUAAAAUACAUUAUAUCUUCAUGGUCGGAAAAAGUGAGGUUUCGGGUAUCAGCUUGAAAAUUGCUGAGGAAAGUAAGAGAGAGAACGACAUUGUAUUUAUAGACUAUGAAGAUUCCUACAGAAAUUUAACUUAUAAAAGUGUAGCCAUUUUGAAAUGGUCAUCCAUUUUUUGUGCAGAAUCAAAGUAUAUUGUGAAAAUAGACGAUGAUAUUUUUGUGGACAUUCCAGCUUUGUUUAAUAUAUUACUAAAUAUAACGUAUCCUAAAGUUAUUGUUGGACAUGUUAUUAGAGAGGCAUUACCAAAACGUAGAGUGAAAUCAAAAUGGUUUGUUGGUGCAAAGGAUUAUUAUAAAGAAAUUUAUCCAGAUUAUAUUACAGGUGUAUGUUAUGCCAUAUCGACUGAUUUAUUACAAGGGAUGCUUGACGCAGCAAAUAGAUGUCAUAUACUGCCAAUAGAAGACAUAUAUGUCACUGGAAUAUUAGGGCAUCAAGCUGGGGCAAGGUUUGUGGGAAAUUGUGGAUUUUCUUUUACAGGUAUUUCAGUAGAAGGUUGGUCUCGAAAUCAUCUUGUUAUUAUGGCCCACAAGUAUCACCCCAGUGAAGUACAAGCCAUAUGGGACAUGAGACAGUCAUUUAUUCCUAAAACUACAUCUUGGAUGACAUAUUUGUCACAUUUAUUGAUUGUAUAGAUAACUAUUUCUUUUUAAAAUCCAAUAAAAUUCAAUUCUAUGUCGUAGCAUUGUAGUCAGGCAGUUAGGGUACUGGACACUUGGAAUUCAGGUAUGGGCAGUGCCACUGUCAGUCAGGGAUAUCAAAUGUUGCCUUGUUGUUUGUUGAGCUGCAGUGACUCAGUAAGACGUUGGCUCGCAAACCUGGAGGUCCCAUGUUUGGUCCGUUUGUUGGCCGAGAAAGUUCAUCAGGAUUUUCAGGCGUGGAAGACAGAGUGCCUGGAAAGGGACAACGUUUAGUUAUUCGCCUGUGAUGAAAAAACAAGGUACCGUGUACACAUUGGCAUGCACGUAAAGAUCCCCUGACAACCUGACAGUUGAAAUCCAAUAUGAGUGUAGAGGGUUGCACCGCUGUCAGGCCCCAUUUUCACUUACAGCACACUGUAAGGCGUAAGCCAGUGUUCAUAAGCCCAGUUGGUGCAGAAAAGCAGAAUGUUAAACCCCAUUUCAUUUGUAUCAAUAUGUUUUACAGGUUUUCACAGAACAGUAGUUUAUUUUACUGUAUGAAGUUAUUUUUUGUAUUUAAAACAAAGAUGUUAAGUGUAGGCCUCUAUAUAAGUUUUUACAACUGAAAUCUUGCACGAUUUUAUUAUGGAAUGUCUUUUAACGCUAGAGUAAAAUGUAUUUUCAAAUGAUAAGGCCACAAUAAAAAACAAUUGAUACUUAACUGCAUAACUUAACUGGGACGCCGGACUUAAAGAUGCAUUAUGCAAGAGCUAAAUCAAAUGAUAUUGAUAAGGCCACAAAAAAAAAUGAUACUUCUGCAUAACUUAAAGCGAGAAUUUCAAAUUUUCUAAGAAAGUGAAAACAUAAUUAUUUCUAUGUCUUUUGCUCAAUAGGUUAUCAAAUCACUAUUAUACGAUCAUCGGCAUUAUUUCCCACCCUUAAAAAUCUAUGACACAGGAAAUAACAACACAAUUACCUGCCCUGUUUUGCUAUUGACAACAUGGGGCAGCCAUUUUCCAAUGUUGGAAUUUGAAGUUAAAAAUGAUAUUUUUGCCAAUUUCUCAGCUGGCAAUAGCGAAUUAUAUAAUGAAUAGGAUUAUUCUUUAACAAGGUAGGACUGUUUAUGGAUACCAUCUAUUUUAAGGCUUUAUUUUAAUACAUUUUAAAAAUAUAACUUUAAAUGGGACCCCGGACUUAAAGAUGCAUUAUGCAAGAGCCAAAUCUGCUUGUUGCAGGUCUUUCUUCUGGCAUCAAAUAUUGUAUAAAUUAUUAUUAAGACUUUUAUGAACAUGACAAGCCUAUGAUUAACUUUCUACACCACUGUAUGGCCGAGAUUUAUAUAGAUUUAAACAUCCACAAGUUUUAAAUAUAUAAUGAUAACAUGGACAGUCUAUGCUACAUCUUCAGACAAAUCAUAACUUUGCUCAGAAUAAAGUAAUUUGAAUGAAACUUUCAACAUAUUCAUUUUACAAUAUCUAUUUUUGAAUUAUUAUCUAAAAAUUACAUAAUUCAUCUUUAACAGUUUCAUUAAUUACCAUGAGUUCAUAUUUCCCCCCAGUUACAGGAAGUAAUCGACAAAAAAAUUUUGAAUGAAGCAGGAAGUGUACCACGGGCUCAAUUAUCAAUUAAGCAACCGUGAUAAAUGCUAUUGACUAUUGUAAAUCAUACUGGUGGAUAAUCAUACCUUCCUAUAAACAAAGGGAUGAGAUGAACGUAGUGCCUUGAAAUGUGAUGUUUAUGAUAAGUCAAUUAACAACAUGAUCCUGUGACAAAUUAAAGUCACAAAACCAGAAUAUUUGUUUUGUAUGGCCUAAUAAAUUGAUAUUAUGAGUACUUUCAGACAAUCCAGUGCUGCAUUUUCAUUGAAUUUUUAUAUAUGUAUAUUAAUGCCAAUAAUGUGUUCAAAUUUUGUCCUGAAAUCACCUAUUUUGUUUCGAGUGGACGUUAAACCCAAUCUGAUUAAAAUAUAGAUCUAUAUUUCGUUGUGUUUUUUUUUUUUAUACUUUCUAUGGCCUACACUAUAUGAAGAUCUGACAAGUUAUAAUGGGAGUUAACGUCAGGGGUCAAACAAACAGCUGUUGACCCUGUGACGUCAGACAUUAAUUGAUCAAUCAGCGUUGACGUUUCUAGUGGUUUACCCACAGUUCCGUGAAUUAAAAGGUCAAGAAGUCCCCGUAACAGACCGUUUCUUUGGCUAAUCCCUCACAUCGUUCAGAACACAUCAAUGAUAACAACUCUUCCAGAUCCUAGUGUAGUAAAGACAAGUAAAACGAAAUUUUGAACUAUAAAAACCAAACGAAAUAGGAUCUGUGUUUUAAUCAGAUUGCAGUAAACCUCAUUUCUCUCUACCUAAUAGAUAAUGACAUCAUUGUUAUAUCAUUAACAAUUGGUUAGCAUAUCAUUAAAUUAAUCAUCAUGGAUUAUUGUAUUGUUUUGAGAGCUUUUAUGUUUGACAAUGCUGCCGAUUUUACAGGGUAGCUCUUGUCUUCAUGAUUCUGUCUUCCUUAGCAGAAAAGUAGGACGUUCAACCCCAUUUCAUUUAAUACAGGGUAACUACACUCCAUACUAAUAUUAAUGCAUUCAAAUCUUGCCGUAGUUAGUUUUUUGUUUUAUAUUAUUAUGAUAUUAUGUUCUAAGAUCUUUAACAGUCAUUGUUGUUGGUAUUUUACAGGAGAGCCGAAAAAAGCUCCCCUUAAUCAACAAAUUGAAAAAAUCGCUCCCCUAAAAAAACUCUCCCAGUUUAGAUAAGAAAAGUGAUUUAGAAAUUAAGGAGAGUGAACUGAUAUGAAGGAGAGUUUGUAUGGGAAAUGGUUCUGAAGAUCAAUAACUGCAUGUUACAGGAUAAUUCCUGGUUUCAUAAAUAUGAUAAUAAACCUUCCAUGAUGACUUUGUAAAGGAGAGCGAUUUUCAAUUUUAAGGGGAGGGAGAAAAACAUCUCCUUGGUUGACAUUCAGGUGAGCGACAGACGCUCGAGAGCGAUCGCUCGCCUUAAAAAAACAGUGACUGCUGUGAUGAUAACUUCCAUUAGAAUUUAUUUUUGUUAAUGUUUUAAUAAGGAUAAUUUAAGGUGCUGGAUAUAUAGAAUACUUAAAAAAAUUACUUAAAAAAAUUUAUAAUUUUGUUUUGAAUUUACACACAGUCACCAUUUAUUUACAUUUAAUAUAUUAUUUUGAAUUUACACCCAUUACUAUUAUUAACAUUUAUUAAAAAGAAUAAAAAAAAUUUAAAAAUAAUAUGUUAUUUUCAUACUUGAGUAUGUAUGCAUUAUGCUGUCACCCAUGUCUGUCCAUCCCUCAACAAUUGGCUCAUUAACAUGGCAGAUGUAACAUCCUGGAUUAUGGCCCCUUUUUGUUUUUGUUCUUUUUAGCUUGUUCUCUGUCCAUCUCUUGCAAAAUGUGGGAGUAUCU